UACCUGACGAGCGGCGGUUUUCCCAGCAUUUUAGAGGCAGAAAACGUUCACAAAGUGGCGAAUUUGGGCGCUUUUGGCUCACCAUACUUGUUAGCCUCAGACUGCUGCCAACAGUUGAGCGGAGCAGCGCAAGGGUUAAUAUAAUCCACAGUCAGAAAGAGGCGGAGAUUCCAGCUGGGACACAAACCGAACAAACCGAGAGGGAGAAACACGAAUCCCUGGAGGAGAAAAAAUCUCUACGAGGAGUUAUUUAAAUUAACCUAUUAAUUUUGGGCCUUUUUGUUUCCUUUUCCAGCUCAUAGUUCCUCUUAUUUUGACCUAGCAGUGCUCUAAACCCAAUGGAGAAAUGGUGGAUUUGCUGUCAGGUAUGGGUGAAGUAGUGUGGAAAGCUGCAGAGGCGUCCAAACGGAGAAACUUGAGUUGUAAAAGCGAAUCAACAGGAUUUCUCUCUUUCUGCAGCAGGCUGUAAAAAUGGCAAACUGUCUCUACCAGCACACGGGACCUUCGUUAUAAACACGCUUCAGAAAAGGUGAAAUGAAAUAACCACACUUGGAUCUUUAUUUUAUUUUUUAUUUUUAUUUUUUGCAAAAAUCUAGAGGAAUAACGCCAAUGAGAGCUUCUGUUGGUGAGGUGAAAAUCGGUGUCAGCCUCAGAAGAAGAGCAACAGAUCUGUUUCUGCGUUGAUCAACACGCCGACUGACACCAUGUGGAUGUGGAGAGCCGCUUUGUGCUGCCUGCUUCUGGAAUCACUGCUGCUGCACACAGCCAGAGGUCUCAACAUGUGCAUGAGUGGUAGUGCAACGUCCUGUGAAGAAUGCCUCCUGAUUCACCCCAGUUGCGCCUGGUGUGCACAAGAGGAUUUCGGGAAAGGUCGGACUCUGACGUCGAGGUGUGAUUUUCUACAAAACCUUGAAAAAAGAGGCUGUGGGCCACAGUUCAUCGAGUACCCCAGAAGCAGUGUUUCUAUUCUGCAGAGCAUGCCGCUAAGUCUGAAAGGUUCUGGGUCAACUCAACAUAACGUGGUCCAGAUUAUGCCCCAGAAGAUCUCUGUCAGCCUGCGGCCUGGAGAGCAGACGUGGUUUGGGCUGCAGGUUCGGCAGGUGGAGGACUAUCCUGUGGAUCUUUACUACCUGAUGGAUCUGUCUUUGUCCAUGAAAGAUGAUCUGGACACCAUCCGUAACCUUGGCACUAAGCUGGCUCUGGAGAUGGGGAAGCUCACCAGCAACUUCAGACUCGGCUUUGGUACCUUUGUGGACAAAAACAUGUCACCGUUCUCCUACACAGCACCUAAGUAUCAGGAGAACCCCUGCAAUGGAUACAAACUGUUUCCUAACUGCGUCCCCACCUUUGGUUUCCGUCACAUCCUCUCUCUGACGGACAAAGUCGACCGUUUCAACGAGGAGGUGCAGAAGCAGAUGGUGUCCCGCAACCGGGACGCACCUGAGGGCGGGUUUGACGCCAUCCUACAGGCUGCUGUUUGUAAGACGGAGAUUGGAUGGAGGAAGGAGGCGUACCACCUGCUGGUGUUCGCCACCGAUGAUGUUCCUCACCUCGCUUUGGACGGCCGACUCGGAGGCCUCGUCAAGCCACACGAUGGGAUGUGUCACCUAAACACACAGAACGAGUACAGCGCCUCCACAGAGAUGGACUACCCAUCACUGGCUCUUCUGGGAGAGAAACUGGCAGAGAACAACAUAUUCCUGAUCUUUGCAGUGACAAAACGCCUCUAUGUCAUUUAUAAGAAUUUUACAGCCCUCAUACCUGGAACUACAGUUGAAAUCCUGGACCAGGACUCAAAGAACGUGAUCCAGCUGAUCGUCAAUGCUUACAACAACAUCCGCUCUAAAGUGGAGCUGUCGGUGUGGGAUCACCCAGAGGACAUCAGUCUUUCCUUCACCGCCACCUGCCAGGAUGGAAAGCCGCUACCCGGCCUCAGGAAGUGUGCCGACCUGAAGAUCGGGGAAACAGUGUCGUUUAAUGUGAGCGUGGAGGCGAGGAGCUGCCCUCCCAGAGGCACCGAUCAGAGUUUCACCAUCAAACCAGUGGGCUUUAAAGACCGCCUGGAGGUGUCGGUGGAUUAUCGGUGUGACUGCGACUGCAGCAAGACGGCACAGACCAACAGCAGCAUCUGCAGCUCCAUUGGUACAUAUAACUGCGGGACGUGUCACUGCGAGCCGGGCUACCUGGGCGCCCGCUGCGAGUGCCAGGAGGGCGAGGUCAGCAGCAUGUAUCUGAGCGCCUGCAGGGAGGCUGAGGGCAAGCAGAUAUGCAGCGGGAGAGGAGAGUGCAGCUGCAACCAAUGUCUCUGCUUCGAGUCUGAGUUCGGGAAGAUCUACGGGAGCUACUGCGAGUGUGAUGACUUCUCCUGCGCCCGACAUAAAGGCAUCCUCUGCUCAGGUCAUGGAGAAUGUCACUGUGGGGAGUGUAAAUGCCAUGCUGGGUUCAUCGGAGACAACUGUAACUGCUCCACUGAGACGUCCACGUGUAUCUCAGAUGAUGGGCAGAUGUGCAGCGGACGAGGAAACUGCGUAUGUGGACGAUGUCAAUGCACUGAACCCGGAGCUUUUGGAGAUACUUGUGAGAAAUGUCCCACCUGUCCUGAUGCCUGUGGCACUAAAAGGGAAUGUAUCGAAUGUCGACUCUUCAACUCAGGACGCCUCGCAGACAACCAGACCUGCCAGCGCCUGUGCAAGGAUGAAAUCGUCACAGUGGAGACCCUCAGAACGGAUGACACCAACGCUGUGCUUUGUCUCUACAAGACGGACAGCGAUUGUGUGAUGAAGUUCACGUAUUCUGAGCACGCCAGUGGCCGGUCCAUCCUCACUGCUCUCAAAGAGCCAGAGUGCGGUGGCGGUCCUGAUGCCAUGAUGGUGCUGUUAGCGGUGGUCGGCAGCAUCCUGCUGGUCGGAGUCAUCCUGCUCGCUGUGUGGAAGUUGGUCAUCACCAUCCAUGACCGGCGAGAGUUUGCACGCUUCCAGAGCGCACGAUCACGAGCUCGAUACGAGAUGGCCUCCAACCCUCUGUACAAACAGCCCGUCUCUACCCACUUUGUGGAAACAGACUUCAACAUGUACGGCAAGUCGUACAAUGGAGGGGUCCACUGAUCCCUCAGUAUGGGGCGCGGCAGGACCGGUCCAUCUGAACAGAUCCCUGGAGGAGGGGGGGAAGGGAGGGGGGCACACAAGGCGGAGGGCGGACUGAUCACUCAUCCCUCUGCAUGGGUCACUGCUGAUAAAAUAGAAAUGAACCAGACUUUGAGAGAGCAAGGAGUCUGUGGCCUUUUUAAAAAAUCUUUCCAGAGAUAGAAGUCGACCACAGAGACGUGAUGAGACUGUGAGGAGCGACAAAGAAUGAACUCCUCGCUGGUGUUUAGAGAGAUAAAAGAGAGAGUAAAGUUAGUGGUGAGUUUGUCUGCAGUCACACAAGAUAAAUAAAUUCUCUCAUGAGGAAAAAAAACACCUAACACCAGCCACAUUAAAGCAACACUCACUCUUUGUACAGAGCAGGCAGGACUUUGGCUUAUAUUUGUAUAUUUUUAUAAACACUAAAAAUGCCUUUUUUUAGUAAGAACUAUGCACCCAGAGGCUCUGAACAUGAAUUCACUCCACGUCAGAUCAUUUCAAAUGAUUUAAAGCACAUUUUUGUAAAGGUUGCAAUGCAGCGCUGUGGUACUACUAACAUUUACUAAGCAAUAGACUUCUUACCUUCAUUUUGCACAGAGAAUAUUAAGUGAUGUAAAGGUUUAAAUUUUCUUCUUUGAGUGUAUGUUUGUGCGUUGUUGUUUGCUCUGAUUGCACUCGUUUCUCUUCGUCUGAGUCACAGGGUCUGAAUAAGCCUCUGAACCCACAAAGUUAAAGGCUGGUGUUACUCUGGGUUUGUUUUUUGAUGUCUUGGUAACAAUUCCCAUGAGAAACCAACAAUUUAGAAGUCUCAAUAUUUGCAGACUUCUCCCCCAGUGUUAGCGGCAUGAAGACCCAAACUCAUUUGUUCCACUGAAGCCACAAACAUUUAAACCUAACAUUGUCAGAUUUUUAAAUGAGAAUGUCUCAGAUUAAAAGGGACGCUAUCCAGGGCUGCAAACGUCAAAUUCAUACAGCUUAACAGGCGUUUGGAAGAUAUAAUUUAGCAGCCACAUAUGCAUCCAGAGAGUUUAACUCUAACCAGCAGCCAUCUUUGGUGUUUACUAAAUAAACCCAUGGUGCUUAAACCAACAUUUUUUUAAACAGUUGAAAACUGUCUGAACAGGAGAAAAUUAUAUAUAAAUACAGUACUGUGCAGAACUUUAAGGCACACUUGGGCCAGAAGUUGAGGUUGAAAUAAUGUGUAGAUGUGGAGAGUAAGCUGGCUGAGGGCCCCAUUGGGUGGGAGCGAGGGUUGACACAACCCAACCAGUGCUCUGGAUUUUCUUGGAUAUCACUAGGGACAUCAGAAAAUAAUCUAUUGAACAAAUAAAGUCCACAUCUUUAGGGCACAGUAAAGGGUGGAUGUGGGGAGUAAGCAUCACCCAGGGCAGGGGUUCUCAAACUUUUCAGCAUGCGACCCCCAAAAUAAAGGUGGCAGAGAUCGGGAACCCCACCGUACCUGAAAGUGGUCAAACACAGCCACGAUCAUUCAAGAAUAAUCUUGUGCAGACAAGGCCGUCCAUAAGGGUGGAUAAAGGGAAGAGCUUUCCGAGGCCCAGCCAAAUGGGGGGGGGAGGGCAUGAGUCACUCUUAUGUAAAUGUAAAUCCCUUUUUUAAAACAAAGCUUUAAAAAAUGGUAAAAUAAAAUAGGGGUAAAGUGGAAAAAAUUGGCAUAAAAGGCAGAAAAGGGGUCAGUAGUGGCAAUAUUGGCUUAAAAGGAGCAGAAAUUGCCAGAAAAGGUGGUGAUAUAGAUUAAAAAGUAGGAAAAAUUGGUUUAAACUGGCAAAAAUGGAUUAAACGGGGCCUGACCUUGGCUGCCAAGCAACACGUGUGUUGGCAUGUGUCAAAGUUCGCUCUGGCUGCCCUAUAUGCCUAAAACUUUUGUACAUAACUAUAUGAGCAGAAGGAGGGCAUAAUGCAAGUACAGGUCAUAAUAAAGCAUGAGGGUUUUGUUUUAUUGGCUGUAAAUAUUUAGAAUGUGUCAAAAAUGUAAAGUUAUUCAUUUAUAAGGGCUAAACCAUUUAUAAAAGGAGCACAAAAGCUGUUUGUGAAGGACUGUUUUCAGCAGAGGGUAAAAACACAAGGUAUCAUAGCGAGAAAUAACAGAAAGCAAAUACAGCAAGAUGAAGUCAAAUAACAGAAACAUGGACUAUUGUUUACUACUGUCAGACUGUUUUCACAUUGAGUACAACAGCCAGCACUUUUGGGUAAACAAGGCACACAACCGUACAGUCAAAGGUAGCAGUGGAUCAGUUGGUAGAGUAAGUCGUCUCUCAACCUUACCUGACACGUCAGAUAGACUGUUUCAUACAGUCAUUGUAUGGAUAUAUUUCUCAUUAACCUGGGAAUCCUCCCAUACAAUUUUUUAAGGAAGGGCAGAAAUUCUCAAAAGGCUAUUCUAUACCUAUGUCUGAUCUAUCAACUACGCUGGUGGCUGCCAUUGAUACCCUCUCCCAGUACAACUUAACCCCACCUGUAGCUACUGCCUUGCUGUGCCUGUUGUAAGACAAAGUUACAACAGAAAACAACAGUAAUUGUCUGUCUUGAUUAUUGUAAAAUUACACAUCCAUUCUCAUAAUAUGCAGCAGCCCUAGUUCUGUGGUUUCAGAGAAAUAUUGAUGCGUCUUAUAGUCUAAGUGAGAUCUACAGCACUGAAGAAGAAGAUGCAACAGACCUUUUAUAAAAGCAACAAUUAGUUUGGGUCAUUUUGUUAUUUCAAGAAGAAAAAUGUAGAAUAGCACCAGCCCGUAGGUCACAACAACCCAGUACAAGUCCUGGUAGAGAUAUUUUUGCUUCAUCCUUCAGUCAGACAGCAGCUACAUCACCUCUGAUUAAACAAACAUGCAAAUCUGAGAGUUUUUGUGGGUUUGUGCUCACACUCUGACUUGCUGCUACUUUCUAAAGUCUCUGAGAUGCGGCGUGUCCACCCCUCCGGCACCAGGAGAGGGUGGAAACUCUGAGAAACCUCAAAGGAUGGCGUCCAGAGUUGUAAAUCUAUAACGUUCCCACAGGAAGAGGCGGAGUCUGAGCUGUCAGAGAGAAAAAGGGAGCUUGGUGGAAGGGCUGGGCAAUAUGCACGGAAAACCAUACGUCGAUCUUUAUUAGCUUAAUCGUGACAUCACACAUAAAUAUCUGGAUUUGUCGUAGAGUUUUCAUAAUACCAGAGUGAUAGACUACCAUAUGACUCUGGUAUAAAUCAAACCACAUUUAAAACCAGUUUGAUACCACAGCAACAAGAAAAGUAGUCCUAGACACCAAAUGAUCUAUUUUUCAUUUUUAGUUAUCAAAAAAAGGGACUGGGAAUGCCUUGGAAUCUCUUGGAGGUUUUGAAAAAUGCUGGGGAGAGGAUUGUCUGGGGAUAUGGCUUUGCCUGCUGCCACCAUGACAGCCCAGAUAAGCAGAAAAAUUUUUUUGAAUUAGUAGUCAAAAAUUGCACACAAAUAACUUAGUCAUGUAAAGUUUGUCUUCUGUAAGAGCUAAGAAUUGUGUUUUUUUUAUUCUUUUUUUUUUUUUCAAAAGGAGCACGGAGGAUGUGAGGAGUUUGGUGACUUGUUCAGCCAUUGGUAUGAGCACUAGCUGUUAAAGUGAAAAAAUCAUAAAAAAUCCUAAACUAUUCAAUGACUACUCAGAUUAAAGGAACAUGGGCUAUUUUUAACUUCUGUCGGGCUGGUUCGACAAAAACUUGGAUGUCUUUAGCGUAUCUUUUUGGAUAUCUGAUCAGGAUGCCUCCUGGGUGCCUCCCUGUGGAGGUCUUCCAGGGAAGUUCAACCAGGAGGAGACCUUGGGGUAGACCGAGAACUUGCUGAAAAGGUUUCCAUGUCCCAUCUCGCCUGGGAUUGACUCAGAACUGCCCAAGAGGAGCUGGAAACUAUUGCACCCUCUCGAUGUCUGAACUCCCAACCCUGUCUUUAAAGGCUUCCUGUAUUUAAAAGCUGUCUCCCUUCUGAGGUCUUCCAGGCUCGCCCAAAUGAGAGGAGACCUUGGGGUAGACUCAGAAUACGCUGGAAGGCUCAUAUAUCCUCAAGAUUCCCUUGAAAGAGCUGGGACGUAUUGCUGGUGAGAGAGAUGUGUGGGUUAACUUGAUUAGCCUUCUGACAGCGAGACCUUAUCCAGAAGAAAAGCGAAGGAUGGAUGGAUGGAUGGAUGCAAGUUUAUCCAUUUUCUCCUGCUCAUCUGUGGUUAGGCUUAGGGUAGCAAGUUAACAUAGACAUUCCUCUCCCUGUCAAUACUCAACAACUCCUUCAGGGGGAUUCGAGGAUGUAUAAUCCUUCCAGCAGAUUCUGAGUCAACCCAAAGUCUCCUUACAGCUGAGUGAGCCUGGAAGACCUCCAAAAAGAGGCUGCCCUAGAGCCAUGGUUGGGAAGAACUCAUGGAGAAAUAGCAACGGGCAUGAAUUUAAACACCAGGGUUUUUUUUUAACCGUAUGAGGGAGAUUACUGUCUAAAUUGCACAAAAACAACAGCAGCCACCCUCUUUUUAAAAUGUUGCCAGCAUAUUUGUACAAAUUAGACAGUGUGCAGGAGUUUACCUGCAUUAUUUGGUAAUUAAAUCAAUAAAUUGCCCAACAGUGGGUGUCUAAGACUUCUAUUUUUUAUGCCGUUGUAUCAAACAGAUAUCAAUCAGCAUAUAACUGUUAGUGGUUCUUAGCAUGAACCAACUUUUUACAAGCAUGAGAGCUGGUAUUUAUUUUUGGUUUUCAGUCAACAUCAACAUGAAAAGUAUCAAUAUAGAUUUAUCUUAAAAACCCAGAUUAUUGCCCAGCCCUACUCUGAAUCUUUUAACAGUGACGUUCUUGCAGUAAGAAUCGCAGUGAUUGUGUGUUAAAGAGUGCGUUUGAAUGAAAAAGAGUGUAAAUAAAAUAGCAUGGGUUAUUUCGGUGCCAAAUGACAUGUUGUGGACUCUUUUGGCUGUGAGUCUUGGCACAGUUUACUAAAACUCACCCACCCACCCCUCCCUGAGCUCCAAUAUAAAUCUUUUCUGUACAGUCGUGAACAUUUUCACAUGGCUCUCUCCACAUCAUGUUUAUGUAAAACUGCACAAUAAAUCUGCUUCUGUCAAAAAUCA